UCACACUAUCAAAAGUUCGAGUCGUGUUCGAGUAGGAUACGAAGGUAGCACACCAACUUGCCCAAGUGGUUCUCGGCGGCGUACUAGAAGUUUAAAACCACAUCAACAGCAAACAAAAUACCCUCAACUCUCCAAUAACAAGAAAAGAUAAUAAUGGACGACAAAAAAGAAAGGAGCAUAAUCAUGUUCCCCUUACCGUUUCCAGGACACUUCAACCCAAUGAUCCAACUCGCUAGAAUACUCCAUCACCGUGGCUUCUCCGUCACCAUCAUUCACACCUCUUUCAACUUUCCUGAUCCUACUCACUACCCAAACUUUACUUUUCGAACCAUACAUCACCACAACGAAGAAGAAGAAGACCCUCUAUCUAAGCCAGAUGCUUCAGGUAUGGACCUCGUCACCUUCAUUCGUCAGCUGAGACAAAGUUACGCGGACCCGUUGCGUGAUUCUUUGAAGGCGGAAGUAGGUGGAGGAGAGACGGCGUGUUGUUUGGUCUCCGACGUUGUUUGGGGUAAGACCACGGAGGUUGCAGCGGAAGAGGUUGGGAUUAGAAGGAUGGUGUUGACCACAAGUGGUGUGGCGUCUUUUUGUGCUUUUGCUGCUUACCCUCUCCUUAGAGAUAAGCAUUACCUCCCUAUACAAGAUUCUAGAUUGGAUGAGCCAGUGACAGAGCUUCCACCUUUGAGAGUGAAAGAUCUUCCAGUUAUGGAAACGAAUGAGCCGGAGGAACUCUUCCGGGUAGUUAACAACAUGGUGGAAGGAGCCAAAUCUUCUUCAGGAAUCAUAUGGAACACCUUCGAAGAUUUUGAAAGUACCACACUCAUGGACUUUAGUAGCGAGUUUCGAGUUCCUGUCUUUCCGAUCGGACCGUUUUACAAACAUAGCGAAAAUAUUCUACCAACGAUGAAGAACAAAGAAGACCAUGCAACAAAUGAUUGGCUUAACAAGCAAAGCCCGCGGACUGUGGUCUAUGUGAGUUUCGGAAGCCUUGCAGAUAUAGAGGAGAAGGAGUUUCUUGAGAUUGUUUGGGGUCUAAGAAACACCAAACGGCCUUUCUUGUGGGUGGUUAGGUCGGGGCUGGUCCGGGGGACCGACUGGCUGGAGUCAUUGCCUUGUGGGUUUUGGGAAAACAUUGGUCUUAAGGGAAAAAUUGUGAAAUGGGUGAAUCAGUUAGAGGUAUUAGCGCAUCCUGCGGUUGGAGUAUUUUGGACGCAUUGUGGAUGGAACUCAACGCUAGAGAGCAUAUGUGAAGGUGUUCCAAUGGUAUGUACGCCGUUUUUCACAGACCAGCGUGUGAAUGCUAGGUACAUUGUUGAUGUGUGGCAAGUUGGAUUUAUGUUAGAGAGAAGUAAUUUGGAUAGGAAGGAGAUUGAUAAGGUAUUAAGAAAGCAAAUGUUAGAGGAAGGGGAUGGAAUGAGAGAGAGUUGCUUGAAGUUGACAGAGAGAGCUAAUGUUUGCUUAAGUAAAGAUGGGUCUUCUUCCAAGUACUUAGAGAAACUUGUGAGUCAUGUCAUGUCUUUUGAUUCAUAUGCUUUUGCAAGUUAAAACUAUAUAGAAACGAGCAAUGUCUUAUAAGAAUUUAUCAAACAAACUUUCGCAUGCUCUGUUUAUUCUUAAAGUAGUAUUGUUGGUUGUUUUGUUAUAUUACUGCUCUUGAUCACUC